GCGGACUUUUCACUCUCAUUAAAGCUCGAGUCGUUCGAAGCGAGGUUACUCCGCAGAAGGACUCCCACGGGGACGCUUAAGCGCAGGAAAUACAUCUGUUUUUGGAAGAAAUCUGCCAUAACUUUGGCAAGGCGGCCGGCAAAAAUCACUCUUUCAUAUACUCGGAAUAUUAUAUUGCGUUUUCUUGAAAAAGAUCACGAACAGAAACGGAAGAUUAUGGAGUUACUUAAAGUUCUCCUCUUGUUCGUCCUCUGCUUCGUCAUGGUCUUGCUCGCCAGCUGCGCCUCCGUGGGGAAGCACAACGCCGAAAAGCCGGCUGAGACCGCGGUGAUCAAUCUGCUGAGCCCUUCAAACGACGGCAGGCGUGAGGACGACAGGGGUGAAGUGCCAUAUGAGCACUUUGAAGACUAUGACGAAAUCCUUUCUGGAGAUUAUGAAGCCGAACUUCCUAAAGUGGCUUUCUCCAUCAAGCCUAAGGAUUCGGCGGGAGUCACUAACAAAGACGGGAAGAAGAAGGGUAAAGGCAGGAAGAGGAAUCCAUGUCGGAGGAAGUACAAAGAUUUCUGCAUUCAUGGGGUCUGUCAGUACCUGGUGGAGCUGCGCUCAGUGUCCUGCAUAUGUACUGCAGGAUACUCCGGAGAGCGCUGUCACCUCUUCAGCCUACCAGUGGGAACUGAAAAGAGCGGCUAUAACAGGACGACAGCACUGGCUGUCAUGGCGGUGGUGCUGUCCUCGCUGUGCCUCAUCGUCAUCGGCAUUCUGCUGGCACUCAGGUACCACAAGCGGGGUGGCUAUAAUGUGGAGACUGAAGAAAAGCCGAAACUGGGACUUGCCUCACACAAAUGAACAAGAGAAUGUGUCUAUUUUAGGAAAGCAAAUGGAAUUUCUACCUCAAUGAAAAAUGGAGAAGUGAAAUGCCAAAGCAGAUCUGUUUGGGACGAAGGGACAACUUGUGUGGUUGAUGUGACUGCUGCCAACGAGGAGCCAAGACUGAAACCUGGAAGUCUUCGAUGUCCACAGAUGAGACGUGGCAGCUGUGUCCCAUAAAUUAAGAUGUACGCUUUCUUUAAACUGAAUGGACAGAUGAACGGGCAGAAAUGAGGAACGAUGUGUGCUGCUUUUGGCUGUUACGUUUCCCUGUCAUGGGGAAACAUGUGGUAAUCCUUUUUUAAGAAAGGUCUUUAUUUGGUUUUGAAAGGGUUGUGCUUUGUGUCCCUCUGCUCCUUUUAUAAUUGUAAAACUCUUAAUUUAUUUAUUUAAAUAGUGAUCCUGCUAUUUAUUCACUUCACACAUUGUCGAGAUGCACUACCAAACAUGUCAGGAUUGUCAUUUUUUUUACUGAUACUAAAGUGAUAUUUUAACUAAAUAAAUGCAUUAAUUGAAUGCUUUA